AAUUAAGUUUAAAGUAAUAAACGUUCUUGAAAUUUUGCAUGUUAAGCAGAUAAUUGAAUUUGGUUCAAGUAGAAAUAUUCGCGCUCGAAACCAGAGAAGAAUUCGGUCAAGGAUCGCGAAAUAAAAAUGUUCAGAUUCAUUUCCACUUACUUAUUAAUGAAAAUUAAAUCAGGUAUUUUCCUUAUCUCCAGACGCUUACACAAAUGAUUUUGGGGUUGCACAUGGCAUCAUCUAGCGUGCAAUCCCAAAAUCGUUCGUUUAGUAUCAAUGCUUGCUUUCACUAUCAGAAACCAAGAGCUUGUGAUUGUUUUAAACGAUUGUAUAAAUUGACUGUGAUUUUACUACAAAGGUGAAAAUGCUUUUUUUAAAAAGAUUGUCCAGAGUAGUCAACCCACGUUCCAAAUGUUACUUAAAGAGAUGUUUAACCUCUAAAUCAUCUGAAAACGUAGAAUGCGAGAUAGAGGAGAAGGAGAAAAGUAUUGUAGUAGAACAUUUUGAAAACAUUGCUAUGAUUGGUAUAAACCGGCCUGAAACAAAAAAUGCUUUAAAUGCAGCAACUGCGGAACAAUUGGCAGAGGAAUUAGAUAAAUUUGAGAAUGAUGAAAAUUGUAUGAUCGGUGUGCUUCAUGGUAUGGGGGGUAAUUUCUGUAGCGGAUACGAUCUUAAAGAGAUAGCACAGUAUAAUGGAAAAAAUGAUGAAGUCUUGCCUCAAUUAGGGCCACUGGCUAAUAAAAUCGAGUUAAGCAAAAAGCCACUGAUAGCAGCUAUAAAUGGAUACGCCCUGGGAGUAGGAUUUGAACUGGCUUUAAUGUGUGAUUUAAGAGUAAUGGAAGAAUCUGCAGUAUUAGGAUUUACAAACAGGAGAUUCGGAAUUCCUAUAUUAUUCGGUGGCACUGUCCGACUGCCAGCAUUAAUCGGGUACUCGAGAGCAAUGGAUCUGAUUUUAACUGGACGGCAAAUAGGCGCGAAAGAGGCACUUUCGUGGGGCCUAAUUAAUCGUUAUACAGACACUGGAACAGUGAUAGGAGACGCUGUACAUUUUGCGAGAUCAUUCAUCAAGUUCCCCCAAAAGACAUUACUUGCGGAUCGUGCAUCGACACACUUCGCGACAUUCACUGCUAAGCAGUUAGAAGAAGCUUUACAAUUUGAGAAAGACAAUGCAUCUCAUUUACUGUUUGAAGAGGGAGUGAGGGGGGCAAAAAGGUUCGCGACAGAGGGAGUAGGGAAGCAUGGGAAAUUUUAUAACAUUACUAAGAUAAAUACCGAAUUCAAAGAGAUAGAUAAAGAUCUCGUAUGAAAAUCCUAUAGGAACACUUUAAGACUGUAUAUAAAGAAAGUUACAACUUCGCUAGUCUCGUAACGUAUGUUUGUAUUUUUAAAAUAAUAAAUCUAAGUUUUCUUAAGUAA